AUGGAAUUGCCAAAAGUCUUAACAUUGACACUCAUUUUAUCAUUUUAUAUAUCAAAUCAAAUUUUAAUUGGGGUUGGGAUGAGAGAAGAGAGACAUAGUAGAACAGAAGUUAGAAAGAUAGAGGCAUGUCAGUUACCUGCCAAGAGAGAGAGAGAGAGAGAGAGAGAGAGAGAGAAAGAACCAUCAGGAAAGGCUAGGGAGGACCAGAGAAGGUCAGGGAGGAGAAGGGCCAGGGAGGAGCCAGGAAGGGCCAGAGUGGCAGAGAAGCCAGGAAGGGCCAUGAGGGAGAACCAGGGAGGAGGAGGGCCAGGGAGGACCAGGAAGAAGGAGGACCAAGAAGAAGGGCCAGGAAGGAGGGCCAGAAGAGGUGCACAGUUAGAGUGUGGAUGA